AUGCUGUGUCUAAAACUCACCCACAUUUUCAAACGCUUUCCCUCCUCUCUUCUAUUCUCUACAUAUUCAACUUCCAACUACCUUAACUGUUACCUCAACUACUUCCUCUCUAACCAAACCUCAACGCUCCAAUCUCUCCUUCAAUCUCAUGCUCUCAUCAUCGCCAGUGGCAACUCAAACAACCUGUUCAUAGCCUCAAAGCUUAUCUCUCUCUAUUCCUCUCUCAACAAACCCACUUCUUCCACCAAAGUGUUUGACUCAGUGUCUCCCAAAGACACAUUUCUUUGGAACUCUGUGAUCAAAUCCCACUUCUCUAAUGGCAAUUACUCUCAAGCCCUUGAAUUUCAUCUCCAAAUGCGAGCAUUUGAUACCCCACUUGACCAAUUUACCAUUCCAAUGGUUGUUUCUACUUGCGCUGAGUUGAUGUUGCUAGACCAUGGCAAGAACAUUCAUGGGUUGGUUUUGAAACUCGGGCUCUUUGCGGGGAAUUCCGCGGUUGGGUCUUCAUUUGUGUAUAUGUAUGUCAAGUGUGCUCAAAUGGAUGAUGCAUAUCUUAUGUUUGAUGAAAUGUGUGUUAGAGACGUGGUUGCUUGGACCGCACUUGUGAUUGGGUAUGUGCAGAAUAAUGAGAGUGAGAAGGGUUUGGAGUGUCUUUGUGAUAUGCAUAGCGUGGGUGGGGAUGGUGAGAGACCGACUUUUAGAACAUUAGAAGGUGGGUUUCAAGCUUGUGGGAACCUGGGUGCUUUAGUUGAAGAGAAGCUCUUUCGUAGAGUACCUGAAGCAAACAAAGAUUCUUGGAACAAUAUGAUUUUUGGCUACAGUAUGGUAGGGCUGGAAGCAAAGUGCAUAGAACUGUUUAGAGAGAUGCAAUGGAUUGGCAUUCAACCAGAUUCAAAUAGCUUGGUCUCUAUGGUUUCUUCAUGUUCCCAACUGGGAGGCACCUAUCUUGGCCGUUCACUUCACUGCUACAUAAUUGAACAUUCAAUGGAUGAAAAUGUCAUGGUAGUUAGUUCACUCAUGGACAUGUAUGUGAAAGCUGGCAAUUUGAAUAUUGCAUGGAAAAUAUUUUGUGGGACACAGAGGGAUAUCAUCACAUGGAACACAUUGAUCUCAUCUUAUACUUAUUGUGGGCGCUAUGCAGAGGCUGUAGCCCUCUUUGAAGAUAUGAUUUCAGAAAACUUGCAACCCAACUCAGUAGUGCUUUCGGCUUGUUCUCAUCUUGCAUCUCUUGAGAAAGGAGAAAGGAUUCACCAUUACAUUAAGGAAAGAGGGAUUGAGUCUAAUAUUUCUCUGGCCACUGCAUUGGUUGAAAUGUAUGCAAAAUGUGGGCAACUUGAAAAAGCAAGAAAAUUGUUCAACACAAUGAAAGAGAGGGAUGUAAUAUCUUGGAAUGUGAUAAUCUCAGGUUAUGGAAUGAAUGGUCAUGCAAAAUCUGCUAUGGAGAUAUUUCAGCAGAUGGAUAAAUCAAAUGUUAAACCAAAUGGACUCACUUUCCUUGCUCUUCUCUCAGCUUGUGCUCAUGCUGGGCUCGUCAAAGAAUGGAAGGGUCUAUUUAAUAGAAUGCAAGACUAUUCCAUAAAACCCAACUUGAAGCAUUAUGCCUGUAUGAUAGAUCUUCUAGGAAGGUCAGGUAAUCUACAAGAAGCUGAAGCAUUGGUCCUUUCAAUGCCAUUCUCUCCUGACGGUGGGGUGUGGGGUGCUUUGUUAAGUGCUUGUAAAAUUCACAAUGAAAUUGAGACCGGUGUAAGGAUUGCAAAGUAUGCUAUUGAGACUGACCCAGAAAAUGAUGGGUACUAUAUAAUGAUGUGCAACAUGUAUAAUUCUGUUGGGAGGUGGGAGGAGGCUGAAAGGGUAAGAGAAAUGAUGAAUGAAAGGAAUGUGGCAAAGAGAGCUGGUUGGAGUACACUCUAG